AUGCUGUCCCGCACCAUCCUCAUUGCCCUCGUCAGUGCCGCCUGCUUCGCGACCGUCAACGCGCAGACCUGCAGCGCUGUCAACAAGAAAUGCUGCCAGCAGCUCCAGAACGCGAAAAGCCUUAAUGCCGAUGCCUUGAGCCUGCUCCGACUGUUGAACGUGGACGUUAAUACCUUGACCGGCAGUGUCGGUCUGACCUGUAACCCAGGCACCAAUAUUGUCAGCGGUAGCUGUGAUGCGAAAGCUGCGUGCUGCACUGGCAAUAACUACAACGGAGUCAUUGUUCUUGGCUGCACCCAGAUCCAGCUGUAG